UGGUCGUUAGUUCUCGUGUUUGGUUGGCUUCGUCAACAUGUUAUUCCUCGCUCUCGGUUUCACGACCAUACUGGCGGCCGUGGUCGCCCAGAAGGAUCCGCAUUAUGUGGACGAUAGGACUACUAUGGUCCAUCUGUUUGAAUGGAAGUUCAGUGAUAUCGCCAAGGAAUGCGAAGACUUCCUUGGUCCAAUGGGUUACGCAGGUGUGCAAGUUUCCCCGAUUCACGAAAACCUUGUGAUAAAAAAUAGACCAUGGUUCGAGAGAUACCAGCCAUUGUCUUAUAAAAUUGCCACUCGAUCUGGAAAUGAAGUCGAAUUUCUGGAUAUGGUGCGUCGAUGUAACAAGGCUAACGUACGAAUAUACGUCGACGUGGUUAUUAAUCACAUGACGGCGGACGCAGACAACGCGAUAGGCACCGGCGGUACGCGGGCUGAUCCGAGAAACUUCGAUUAUCCGGGUGUCCCUUAUACCAUCAAGGACUUCCACACACCGCCGUGCGCUAUCGACGAUUACAAUGACCCUGAAGAGGUCCGUAAUUGCGAACUGUCCGGCCUUCACGAUCUGGACCAGAGCAAGGAGCACGUUCGCGAGAAAAUAGUUGAAUUUCUCAACCACGCCAUCGACAACGGAAUCGCCGGCUUUCGCGUUGAUGCAGCUAAGCACAUGAGGCCGGAAGAUCUAUGUGUGAUUUACAAUAGAACGAAAAAUUUAUCCACCGAAUUUGGAUAUCCCAGUGACACGCGACCUUAUAUCUAUCAGGAGGUCAUCGAUCUCGGUGGUGAAGCUAUCACCAAGUUCGAGUAUCAGAAUUGUGGAAAUGUAAUCGAGUUUCAGUAUGGCAUUAUCCUAGGAACUAUGUUCCGUAAACAAGAUAACCUAGAAAGAUUAUGGACUAUCAAUGAUCCGAAAAGUUGGAGACUGUUAGCUUCUAAUAAUGCGUUAACCAUGGUCGACAAUCAUGAUAAUCAGAGAGGCCAUGGUGCCGGCGGAGCCGCUAUUCUUACAUACAAAAAUCCGAAAGAGUACAAGAUGGCGAUAGCCUUUAUGCAAGCCAAUCUUUACGGCCACACUCGAAUUAUGAGCUCCUUCGCAUUCGAGGACCCGAGCCAAGGACCGCCGGCGGACGCGGACGGCAACACCAUUUCGCCUGAGAUCGUCGACGGCAUGUGCGUUAACGGUUGGGUCUGCGAGCACAGAUGGCCACAGAUUUAUCACAUGGUCCAAUUUCGCAAUAUUGUGAAAAAUGAAAGCCUGGAUAACUGGUGGAGCAACGGAAAUAAUCAGAUCGCCUUUUCCCGCGGCGCUAAAGGCUUCGUCGCCUUUAACAUCAAUGGUGAUCUUCACGAACGAUUGCAAACAGGACUACCGGCUGGUACGUAUUGCGACGUCAUAACCGGAAGUGUCGUAAAUUGCAAGUGCAGCGGAAAAUCGGUCGUGGUCAACGACGAUGGUACCGCUGACAUCGAGAUUCUGGCAAAUGAGCCGGAAGGUGUGCUAGCUAUUCAUGUUCAGGAGAAACUAUAAAAUUGCGCCUUGAAAGCAAUAUUCUUUAAAUCUGGAUGUGGUUAAUACAGAAUUACGUGUAACUUCGAAUGCAAUACUAUGCUGUAGUAUACAAAUAAAAUUGCAUUAUAAAAUUAA